UGGCCCCACCGUGGGGCAACGGCAACGGCCUCCGGGCAUGGGGCUAUAAGAGGGCCGGUGGGUGCAGGGGGCAGAGACACCAGAGCCCCGGCCCGGCCAUGACCCCAAGCCGCAGCAUUGCCCUCGUCCCGGUGCUGCUGGCCAUGCUGCUGGGUGGCCCAGCGCUGGCCUCGGAGAUCGUGGGCGGCCGGCCAGCCCAGCCCCACGCGUGGCCCUUCAUGGUCUCCCUACAGCGGCGUGGAGGUCACUUCUGCGGUGCCACCCUCAUCGCCCCCAACUUCGUCAUGUCGGCUGCCCACUGCGUGGACGGCUUGAACUUCCGGUCGGUGGUGGCGGUGCUGGGGGCGCAUGACCUGGGGCAGCGUGAGCCCACCAGGCAAACAUUCCGCAUCCAGCGGGUCUUUGAAAACGGCUUCAACCCCCAGAGCCUGCUGAAUGACAUCGUGAUUCUCCAGCUCAACAGGUCGGCCACCAUCAACAGCAACGUGCAGGUGGCCAGGCUGCCUGCCCAGAAUCAAGGUGUGGGCAGUGGGGUACGCUGCCUGGCCAUGGGCUGGGGCCAGCUGGGCACCACCCGGCCACCGCCCAGGAUCCUGCAGGAGCUCAACGUGACCGUGGUGACCACCCUGUGCCGCCGUGCCAACGUGUGCACGCUGGUGCCCCGCCGGCAGGCCGGCAUUUGCUUUGGGGACUCCGGCGGGCCCCUGGUCUGCAACGGGCUGGUCCAGGGCAUCGACUCCUUCAUCCGCGGACGCUGUGGCUCCGGGUUCUACCCAGACGCCUUUGCUCCCGUCGCACAGUUCGCGGACUGGAUCAACUCCAUCAUCCAACGCAGGGACCACCAUCCCUCCCCCCACCCGCGGCACCCAGCCAGCAGGACCCUCUAGGAAGGGCUGCCCGGCCGGCCGGGCCCUGCCCACACUGCCUCCUUUGCAUCUCGCACAAUAAAAACCCUCUCUGUUUCCUACGAAUGUGUCCC